AUGAUGUUCCCCGGCCUCCUCGCACCCCCCGCCGGGUACCCCAGCCUCCUUCGUCCCACGCCCACCUUAACGCUGCCCCAGUCCCUGCAGUCGGCGUUUUCUGGCCACUCGAGCUUCCUGGUGGAGGACCUGAUCCGCAUCAGCCGGCCUCCCUCUUACCUGCCUCGCAGCUUACCCACGGCCAGCAUGUCACCCCCUAGGCAGGGGGCCCCCGCGACUCUCACAGACACCGGGACCUCAGACCUGGGCUCCCCGGGUGCGGGAAGCCGACCGGAUGGUUCACCGCAGACAGCCGCCUCCCCUGCCACCGAGCCCACGUUUCUGAAGUUUGGGGUGAAUGCCAUCCUCUCCUCUGCGCCCAGAACCGAAACAUCCCCCGCCUUGCUCCAGAGCGUUCCUCCCAAGACCUUCGCCUUUCCCUACUUUGAAGGCUCCUUCCAGCCUUUCAUCAGAUCUUCUUAUUUCCCAGCAUCCUCCAGCGUCGUGCCCAUCCCGGGGACCUUCUCCUGGCCGCUGGCGGCCCGCGGCAAGCCUCGCCGGGGCAUGCUGCGCCGGGCCGUGUUCUCCGACGUGCAGCGCAAGGCGCUCGAGAAGAUGUUCCAGAAGCAGAAGUACAUCAGCAAGCCCGACCGCAAGAAGCUGGCGGCCAAGCUGGGCUUGAAAGACUCACAAGUGAAAAUCUGGUUCCAGAACCGACGCAUGAAGUGGCGGAACUCCAAGGAGCGCGAGCUCCUGUCCAGCGGGGGCUGCCGCGAGCAGACCCUUCCCACCAAGCUGAACCCGCACCCGGACCUGAGCGACGUGGGCCAGAAGGGCGCGGGCGAGGACGAGGAGGCCGAGCGCCCCCGCAGCCCCCGCCGCCCCGCGCCCCCCGCGCCCCCCGCGGCGCCCCCGCCGCCCCUGCGCGCCCCGCGGCUGGACCGGCCGCCGCCCGCCUCGCCCGCGCCCUCGGGCAGCCCCGGCAAACCCUCGGACUUCUCGGACUCCGAGGACGAGGAGGAGGGCGAGGACGAGGAGAUCACCGUGUCCUAG